GCCUCUCUUAGCAGACUACUGUAACUUGUGCUGCAUUAAAGGCCCCUAAACCUUCGGUAAUUUAGUAAACUAAAUUCCUCAGGGACUAAAUUCCUCAGGGAUACGAAAUUUGAACAGAGAAAAGUUAAGUGGACAGAUUGUGUUGAGACUGAAUGCAGUCUGAAUCAAAAUCGUGAGUUUGACUCUUCUGUACGACUGACCAGCACUGACCUACAUUCGCGCAGCCACAGCAACGAAAAAUAAAAAUAAAAGACUAUCUAUACAAUCAGUUUUGGGAAUCCUCUACCUACUUUGAAGACCCUCAGGGUACAUUUGGUUUCGUUCGUUCGGUUGCGGUCGAUGAACUCCGGGGUGUUGGGUACAGAUUAUUUUCCAAAGUGCGUCAGUGUGCCGCAAAGUUAUAGUGACUGAAAUGGGUACGAAUGGCUUCGAUCACGAGAUGUCACAAGAGUUGGUGACUGAAAAAACCAAAAUGGUGAAGCAGCAAAUAAUGAAGAAUCCCCACAAAGUCCUACCACAGUUGAUGGCGGCAGUCGUCGGAUCGUGGGGUUACUUUUGCAUGGGCACAGUCAGAGGAUGGGGCUCUCCCGGUCUUCCCUCACUCAACAGAACGCUGGACUUUGAAAUGAACGAAGAUGAUUUCAAAUGGAUCUCUGCAAUGCCCAUGUGUUCUUCCUUCUUUGGAGCUCUGAUUAUCAGCAUACCGAUGCAAUACCUAGGCCGGAAGAAAGCAUUAAUCGGACAUUACUUUUUCUAUAUAUUGGGCUCUCUCAUCCUGGGACUCACCUAUUUCGGCAAGCACAAAGCCAUGUUGUAUGUUGGCCGAUUGCUGCAGGGAUUGGGUGUUGGGUGCACCACUCCGGCUUGUCAAAUUUACGUGAGUGAAUGUUCGUCUCCCAGUAUCAGAGGACGAUUGGGAUCGAUAACAGCUUCGGCGUUGGCACUGGGAAUUUGGGUGGCGUACAUCAUCGGCGCUUUUGUCGAAUGGCACGUGCUGGCUUUCAUCUUCACCGUCCUGCCUUGCAUUUUCCUCCUGUGGACGUGCGCAAUGCCCGAAACACCAAUUUGGCUGCUCACUCACGGUCAUGAAGAUGACGGACGGAAGGCACUCCAGGAACUUCGCGGAAAGAAUACUAACGUUGACGCGGAAAUGUCGAGGAUGAAAGAUCAUCACGAGAAAUCGGCCAGCAUCAACGGACCUAUUCGUUUUAAAGAUUUGAUGAAAGGGCCGAUCCUGAAACCGUUCGGCAUCACGUUGGGUCUCAUGUUCUUCCAACAGGCCACGGGCAUCAACGCCGUCGUUUUCUGGACAGUCAGCAUUUUCCAGUGGGCCGGAAGCAGCAUCGACAGUCGUUACGCCACCAUUAUAGUCGGAGCUAUCCAUUUGCUAUGUUGCAUCGGUUCGGGAUUCCUGGUGGAUCGAUUCGGACGAAGGGUUCUAUUAUUGGGGUCAGCUGCCAUCACUUCCAUUUCUCUGGCGGCCAUGGGAGUAUUUUUCUACUUCCAGCGGAUCUGGGGCGAAGCGGAUGCCACUCUGCAUCUGGGCUGGCUGCCGCUGGUAUCUCUGAUGGUCUUCAUGGCGGCAUAUUCGUGCGGAUUGAGCAACGUCCCCUUCAUAGUCAUGGGUGAAUUAUUUCCCACCAGAUACCGGACGUUUCUGGGCACCAUUUCUUCUUCGUUCAACUUGAUCGUGACUUUGAUUGUCGUCCGAUUCUUCCCCGACAUGUUGACCGGAUUAGGCAAAGAUGUGACCUUCUUCGUCUUCACUGGCUGCACUUUGACGUGCAUCGUUUUUGUCUAUUUUCUUCUACCGGAGACCAAAGGCAAAACCCUGGAAGACAUGGAGCAGCUUUUCAGCAACAACGUCCCAAAAGUUAAAAAGAUUCCGGAAGAAGAGGACGAAGAAGCUGUUCCGGAAGUCAGCACGCAGCUCGUGACCAUCAGUGAUGGCCAAUGCGGAUUGGUCGGCCAUAAUAUCCUGCCUACGACAGAAGAAAUAGAAAACGAUGAAGUAUUUGCCACUUUUUGAUCAAGCAUAGACUAAUUUUCACAGUGGAUUGACUUUAGUGCAAUUUGAUUGCAUGUUACAACCUACUUAAUAAUAUUAUAUAAGGUGCUAUCGAUGACAUUCCUAGAGCUAUUUUUAUAACCGUGAUGCAUCACGUGUUUGUUUUUUUUCGUUUAGUUUUGUUUUUUAGCCAAAGGUUGAUUACUUUAUUAAUAAAAAUGUUUCCUGUUUGAUUAUUCCUGAUGAUUUAUUCGAGAUGGACACCUUUAUUGCGGAAGCGCGGAGCUUAGGUUCGGAAGAGAAAACGCUUGGGAAAACCCAUCGAGAAGAAUAUCAGUGUGUUAUUGUUUUGAUACAACAUCAAUCUCACGUGAUGAUUUGACACUUCCUUUUCGUUUGGUCUAUUUGAAUUCGUGACACGAUUUAGUCACGCGCUAUUGUUCGCCAAAGAAUAAAAGGAAUCUAAAUAAUG